GCAGCAGCAGCAACGAACCAAAGGAGGAGAAGGAAGGGAGGAAGAAGAAGGAGAAAGAGAAAAAAAAAAAAAAAAGAAAGAAAAAGAUUUAGCCGUCCGAUUCCAAUUCCGACUUGGGGCUUCUCCGAUUGAAUUCUGCAUAGCUGAAAGCCUGAAACCUGCUUGUUCACCACAGCAACUCAGCCAAACGACUCCAAGAUUCGAGCUCCAUCAAUGAUUCAAUGGCGACUGAUUUUCUUCUGAAUCAAGACUGAUAUUCGGUGAUGAGCCCGUAUUUGAAAUCCGGCAUUCGCUUGCCCCAAUUUGCAGAAUCAAUUUUUACAGCUCGAUGUCUUCUUCUAUGGAACCUCAGAAAUCACUCAACCCUAGCCCUAGCAGCACCAAUCCAAACAACACCAAACAAUAAACCUGUCACCAAUCCAAUAUACAAUUUCCUCCCCCAAACCCAGAAUCCCAACAAUGUCGUUCCCGUCGUCUGCGCAUCCCUCAAGCGAAAGGAUCGAACAAUUUGGGGCUAUCUCCAGGAGCAAGGAUUGUUCCUCAAUUUCACCAACAGUGAAUUCUCGACGAUCUUGUUGAGAAGCCAGUCCGAUCCAUCCGCAUCCUUUGCGUUCUUCAAUUGGGUAAGAAAAAAUUUAGGGUUGAAAUCGAAUGUGCAAAAUUCCUGCAUCAUGAUUCAUAUCUUAGUUUGGUCCAAAAACUACAAGCCAGCAAUGGCAAUCCUGUUAGAAUUAGUGCAAUUCGUGGAUGUGUAUGAAUCCUUGCUUUUAAGUAGACAUGGCUGCAAUUGGCACCCUACUGUGUUUGACAUGCUCAUCAAGGCUUACCUAAGAUGUGGUAUGGUGGAAGAAAGCUUUCAAACUUUCAGGAAAAUGGCGAAGCAAGGCUUUUUUCCGAGUAUUGUGACUGUUAAUUGUCUUCUAAGUGGACUUUCAAGGAUGAACUGUAUAGGAAAAUGUUGGGAAGCAUAUGAAGAAGUGAGGAGGAUUGGAUUACGUCCAAAUGCGUGCACUUUCAAUAUAUUGACUCACUUGUUGUGUAAGGAGGGUGAUGUGGAUAAGGUGAAUGUGUUUUUGGAGAAGAUGGAGGAAGAAGGAUUCGAUCCUGACAUCGUAACAUACAACAUGCUUGUCAAUGGAUAUUGUAAGAAAAAGCGGAUGAAGGACGCCAUUCGUUUGUAUAACAUCAUGGGUCUGAGAGGGGUAGUUCCUGAUGUUAUUACGUACACAUCUUUGAUCAACGGAUUAUGUAAGAGCGGCAGUGUGAAGGAAGCUCAUAGGCUGUUCCAUGUGAUGGUUGAUAAGGAGUUGAAGCCGGAUGUCGUUUCAUACAAUACUCUUGUGUAUGGAUAUUGCAAGGAUGGGAUGAUGCAGGAAGCUAGAGCUGUGUUGUUUGACAUGAUUGGGAAUGGGGUUUGGCCGGAUGAUUUUACUUGUUGGAUGCUUGUGAAAGGAUAUAAGAAUACGGACAGGAUGAUAUCUGCUUUGAAUCUUGUGCAGGAGCUCGCGCAGUUUGGUGUUGUAAUAUCCCAAGAUGUCUAUUGUUACCUGAUUCUUGCUUUAUGCAGGGAGGAUCGUCCAUUUGCAGCAAAAUCUCUUAUGGGACAGAUGUAUGAGAAGAGUUAUUUUCCGAGUGAGGAAUUAUAUAAUGAGCUGGUUUGUUCUCUUUGUCGAACAAGUUUUGUGAAGGAGGCAUUGGAAAUGAAAGCGGAGAUGAUAACAAAGAAUAUGAAAUUGGAUUUGAGUUCAUAUAAAGCUAUUAUUAGAGGUUUGGUUGAAUUGAGAAAAUGCAAGGAGGCUUUGGUUCUAAUGCGGGAGAUGGUUGAGUUGGGACUGACCAUAGACGUUGAAAUUUGCAGAGUGUUGGUGAAUGGGUUGUGCAAAGAGAAAAAUUUUGACGAAGCAGAAUUAUUGUUGAUUUUCUACGGUAAGGAAUUGCAAAUAUUUGACAUUGAAUGUUAUAAUGCGCUUGUUAGGGUACUUUCUGAGGAAUGCGAUCCUGCACAGUUGAUGGCAUUCCAAGAUAGGAUGGUGAAACUUGGAUUUGCACCGAAUCGACUCACAUGCAAAUACAUCAUUGAUGCAAUGCAGAAAACAAUUGGGUCGAAGAGAGCUGGGCUUCUGGCUGACUGACUGACGCAUGUGUUCGUUCAAAUUAUCAUCCUCCGUUUACUUUAACAUUUAACGAAGGUUAUAGCCCUGUCCUCGUGUGAGUCGACAGGUCCUCAGCCACCGGACCAUUCGAGAAUGCCAAUCCUCCAUUUUCUUGGUAACUAUCGAGUGCGGAAUGCAGCAAUACAAGUAAUAUGGACUUAAAAUCUUAGCUCUGGAUGCAAUCUUGCUUAGAGCUAUUUGCAGCUCGUGAUAUCUGAUGCUGGAGCCGAUUGUUACGAAGGAAUCCAACAUAGGCACAGGUGACUUAAAGAGGAUUACGAGCUUUUCAGCUUGUAGAAUUUCAGAAGAGAACUUUUAGGGUGCUAUCCAUCUAAAGGGUUUAUCUCCCAUUAUUGUUGAAGAACUAAAACGAUUCAGGGAAAAAACAGUGAAAGCUUGUGCUAAAGUGAGCACAGCUACUGUGAAGUUCACGUUGAAUGGUGAGAUGUGUUGUUUCAACUUUAAAUAUCAUGUGGAGGAUUGAAGUAUGAAGAUGGAAAAACCCAAGGAAGAGAGAAAUCCUCCUAACUAUGCAACCGUACGCUGGACAUCUUUAAGGCACCAUGCAUCCACCGGGUGCCACUGGUGUGCCGACUUCUUGCACCUACAGCAACUCCAUCUGCAUUCUUAUGUGGUGACUGGUGCUACCUGUGGAUUACAGAGUAUGUCAUUAAGUGUCAAAAUAGCCACCACCUUGAAAUGCAAGAACUGGCUCCGACAUGACUGGAAGUACAGUAAAUCUGGCCGCUCCUUGAAGAAGCUAUCAAAUCACAAAGGUUGUUUAUCAACUCAACCAGGCCAUGUGGCAAAAUGGUGGUUCCCGUGACAAUAUUAUUGGAAAUUUAAUAAGCAUUGGAAGGAUGUUAGGCAAGGAGUUCAAGGUCAAGUGAAGCAACAAUAAACCUACUUGGAGAGAAAUUGAAGAACAUUUUUUAUGCUUUCUUUGGUUGCUUGGAUUGAAGAAGGUGAGAUCAAAUCAUUCUUAUAGGAACAGUGACUAUCAAAAUGUUUUGGAUAUAGAUUGUAUGGAUAAUUCUCCAAGGGUGUGUUUGGUUGCAAAUUGGUGUAGUUGAAAGUUCGAUUUUCUUUUAUUAAGGGGAUGUUAUGAGAUGUUUUUUGG